CUUAGACACAGACGGACCAAACAAACUAGCAGCGCUUUUCAAGUUACAUACAUCGCCUGAAACGAAAGCAGAUGAACUCCAUAACUCAGCUCAGAUUUCACGGUUGAAGUUACUAUCACAAGUCAGGAUGAAGUUUCGAGGGAAAAUCAUAGACAUCGCCUGUCUCAACCAUUUCACCCGAGUCAUCACUACCAUCUCAAAGCUGACCAAGAUGUGUGUCUUGAGACUGACUCCAGACAACCUGUUCUUCAUUCUGUCUGGUAAAGUGGCCAACGGAGGUGUCAGCAUGUGGUGUGAACUGUCACAGGCCAACUUCUUCGAUGAGUACCAGAUGGAGGGCGUGUCCUCAGAAGACAAUGAGAUCUGUCUGGAGGUGACUCCAGAGAACCUGUCCAGAGCCCUGAAGACGGUCCAGAGCGCCAAGGCCGUCAAAGUUAAACUGACCAAGAAGCACUGCCCAUGCCUUACCAUCGCCGCCGAGCUGCCCACCCUGUCCAGUAUCAGUCGAGUCGUCACUCAUGAUGUCCCGGUUGACAUCAUCCCCCGGAGACUCUGGCACGAGUUCAAAGAACCAAGCAUGCCAGACUUCGAUGUCAGUAUCUACCUGCCUCCUCUAAAGACAAUUAAGAACGUUGUGGACAGAAUGAAGAACCUCUCCAACUUCCUGGUAGUAAUGGAGGCCAACCUGAACGGAGAGAUGAACCUGAAGAUCGAGACUGAUCUGGUCUCUGUCACCACUCACUUCAAAGACCUUGGAAACCCUCCAUGGGGUGAUGACGCCUCCCAAGACGGUGGUCCGUCUCAGAGCAGGGACCCAGAGGCCAUGGCCCAGGCCAGAGUGGACAUCAGGAAGCUGCAGCAGUUCCUCAUGGGACAGCAGGUCAACCCCAGCAAGGCCAUGUGCAAUAUCGUCCAUGAGAGGGUCGUCCACCUGAUUCUGCUGCAUGAAGACGUGUCACUGCAGUAUUUUAUCCCUGCUGUGGCGUAAACACUCUGCAGACAUGCAUGUUAAUCCUGCUCACUGAGAGUUUGGGGAAAUGAAAAAUGGGCUCAGAACCUGUGUCAGGUUUUCCCCCCACAUUGCAAAGGAUUCUCUUCCUUGUGGAACCCAAGAGACAAAACUCACACUGUCUGGGAAUCUGUCCUACAUUUUGAUGAGACUGAGGCUGGUUUCUGUCCUCACAGUGGACCUCUGGAAGACACUGAACUUCUGUAGUAGUUUGCACAUGCUGGUGAAUCCACAUUUAUCAGGUAGGAUUCUGACUGUUGAGAUUAAAGAGAAGACAAAAGUUUAAAAGUAACUGUUAAUGUUUGUGUUUUGUAUUAAAAGUUUUGUGGUAUUUCA